CCUUUGUGGUGGUCGCUGUUCUUUUGUGAGAGUCUGGUCCGCUGGCUCGGUCGGUCUGUCGGUCGGCAACGCUCCGCGCCCGCCUGCUCCGGGCACCUAAGCCCGAGGCCUGCCCUGGCCCCGCGCGCGGUGCCCCGGGCGGAGUGUGGGACGGCUGCGCGGGGCGCGGGUGAUGGGGCGUGAGCGCAGCCUGGGGCGCGGGGCGCUGGCCGAGCCGGCCUGACCCCGACCGUAGGGGGCUCCGCGAGCGUGACUCCACCGGGCUCACCUGCAGGCCGCUGUCCCUGAGCCCCAGGAGCAGGACCCGCUCCUCUGGGCCUGGCCUGGGGCCCGGGAGUCUGCAGAGCUGCCCACGCCUCGGGGGGACGCUGCCGAGGGGCGCCAUGGAGACCCCUGCCCCGAAGCCCCGGGAGACAGCUUUGUCCUCUCAGGACCCUGCUCUUACCCUCAGAGAGAAUCCAGAGGAUAAAUUGGGGCAGGGUUUCCCGGAAGCCAAGUCUGAGGUGACUUUCAAGGAUGUGGCCGUGGACUUCACCCAGGAGGAGUGGGGCCAGCUGGACUUCCCUCAGAGGGCCCUCUACCGGGAUGUGAUGCUGGAGAACUACCAGAACCUUCUCGCCCUGGGGCCUCCGGUCUGCAAGCCAGACGUGAUCUCCCACCUGGAACGAGGCGAGGAGCCAUGGCGGGUACCCAAAGAAGUCCCUGGAGGGGCUUGUCCAGAAUGGGAGCCCAGGCCUGAGACGGAAGAGUCGUCUCAACAGCAGGGCAUUUACAAAGAAGAGCCUUCUCAGGAGCCCAUCAGGGAGCAGCUGGCGGGGUCCAGUCUCCACAGCCCCGGUCUGGGUGAUGGGUGGGCCUGGGAGGGCCCAGCAGCUGCUUUGUCGAGAGGUGAGGCUGUGCUCUGGAGGCGAGCGCCUGCCAGCUGUGGGGACAUUUUCAUGGAGGAGUGCUGGCAGGGACGUGAGGCGUCUGAGAAGGCUUUUCGCCUCAGGUGCACCCUCUUUGCCCAGCAGAGCAUUCCUGUAGAAGCAGACUCUCCUGACAGACACAUUGACAAUUUCCAGUGCAGCAAGGCCGUAACCCAGCACCAGAGAAUGUGCACAGGGAGAAACUCUUGCAAGUCCAGUGAACACAGAAAACAUCCACCUGUGAACAGGCGGCGGGGCGCUGGUACCGGGGAGGGUCUUUUUGUGUGUAGCGAAUGUGGGAAAGCCUUCCAUCAGAGCUCAUCCCUCACCCUGCACCAGCGCUGGCACACACGGGAAAAAGCCUACAAGUGUAACGAGUGUGGCAAGGCCUUCACAUGGAGCACCAACCUCAUCGAGCACCAGAGGAUCCACACUGGGGAGAAACCAUUCUUCUGUGGGGAGUGUGGGAAAGCCUUCAGCUGUCACUCCUCACUGAAUGUGCAUCACAGGAUUCACACAGGUGAGAGGCCCUACAAGUGCAAUGCCUGCGAGAAGGCCUUCAGCUGCAGCUCGCUGCUUAACAUGCACCUGAGGGUCCACACUGGGGAGAAGCCCUACAAGUGCGGCGAAUGCGGGAAGGCCUUCAACCAGAGGACACACCUGACACGGCAUCACAGAAUCCACACGGGAGAGAAGCCUUAUAAGUGUGAUGAGUGCGGGAAGGCCUUCACUUGCCAUUCGUCCCUGACUGUGCACGAGAAAAUCCACAAAGGAGACAAGCCGUUUAAAUGCAGCGACUGUGAGAAGGCCUUCAAUAACCGCUCACGCCUCACCCUCCAUCAGAGGAUCCACACGGGAGAGAAGCCCUUCAAGUGCAGCGACUGUGGGAAGGGCUUCAGCUGCCACUCCUACCUCGUCGUGCACCAGAGGAUCCACAGCGGGGAGAAGCCCUUCAAGUGCAACGAAUGUGGGAAGGCCUUCAGCUCCCACUCCUACCUCAUCGUGCACCAGAGGAUCCACACCGGGGAGAAGCCCUUUGACUGCAGCAGAUGCUGGAAGGCCUUCAGCUGCCACUCGUCCCUCAUCGUGCAUCAGCGGAUCCACACUGGAGAGAAGCCCUACAAAUGCAGUGAGUGCGGCAAAGCCUUCAGCCAAAACCACUGUCUCAUUAAGCAUCAGAAAAUCCAUUCUGGGGAGAAGUCGUUUAAGUGUAAUGAGCGUGGUGAAGUGUUCACGUGGAGUGCCCACCUCACCGAGCACCAGAGAGCGCACAGCGAGGAGAAGCCCUUCGCCCUCCAGUUCAACAAGCACUUGCUGAGCACGUACUUCAUGCCCAGCAGCUUGCUGUGCACGGGGGGCACAGGCGUGAGUGGCAGGGAGCCCAUAGAUGCGCUGGACGUGGCAGAGCUCCUGUGUGUGGUUCAGCCCUCAGCCAGCAGUAAUUGCCCCCUGGGCAGCAAGCCUGGAAAUUGACCUGGCACACUCGCCAUCACAGUAGCCACCGUUGCCUCUCCCCAGGGUGAGUGGGGGAAGUGCAGUGGCUCAUAUGUGCAGACUGCUCCUCCCUCCAGAUACCUGCAACUUGCCCUCUGGCCUGUGUGCAGAUACCUUCUGAGACACCUCUCAGAGGUUGUCACCUCCUUAGGCAAGGAGACGCUGUAAGCCAAGAGAGCUGAGGGUCAUUUGAGGGUGCCCCUCGUCCUGUUUUCCUUGAUGGGUUUGGGAGUCAGUGACAAGGGACUAGAUCUUUCCUGCAGAUAAGAAGAAGCUCUGUUGAUUGUUGUGUCUUUAGACAGCCUCCUGGCUUGAUUUUCAGGAGGCAUUUCCUCUGUAACGCGUGGUGUUUAGAAUAAUAAUAAGUUUAAAAACCCAGAAGAAUUAUGAACAGUAUUACUUCCAAGUGAACAUUAUUCUGUUCCAGGAGGGGAGAAUAAUUUUGGAUGGUGGGGGUUUGGGGAGAAGCCGCGUUUCCUGGGCUUGCCUCACUGAAGUAGCCCUACUGCAGAGUCCUUUGUUAGUGGCAGCGCAGCCGCCACCAAAGCAGAGGCCAGCAUCAGAGUAGCCAGUCCUGAUGUGCCAGCAUCGUGCCUGGCCGUCCAGUGUGUGGGGGGAUACUGGGAGCACUCGGGUGCCCAGUGUGUCCUGGGAAGAUGGGUCCACGUCGGGAUGGAUGUAUCUAGAAAUGUGCCUUCCCCCUAGGCCAGUGAGGCUGCCUCGUGGGCCUCUCCAUGAACCAUCGAGCUCAGCUCACCAGCUCAGCUCCACAGGAGGAGCCGCUCCACAGAGACCCACCCCACCCUCUCUGCAGAGAUAGGAAGACCUGUUCCUCUGGGAUUAAUGUUACUUCUACACAGUUCUGAGCAAGUAUAAGCUGCCUUCUCAGUGAUAACACUUUACAUUUGUAUACAGUGCUAUAGUUUAUGAAAUGCUUUUAGUAUACUUUUUUAAAUUAUGGAGGCAAAAUACCACAUUUCAGAAAAUGUGGAAUUAAGAAAAGAAUAUGCCCAUAAUUCUUAAUAAAACUGCAUUUUUCACUUCAAUACAUUACCUUCUGCAUUUUUCAGAUUGCAUUUUUACAUUACUUUAAACAUAGCAUAUAUAUCAUUUUUAUCUUUUUUUUUCCACUUAGCUUUGUAGCAGAAUUUUUUCCCAAGUAACUCCAAAUUCUUUAUAAUUCUACAUGGAGGCAUAGUAUUCCAUUAGAUAUUCUUUUGUUAGAAUAUGCUGAAGUUAUGUUUUCACUAUUAUAAAUCAUUCUUCAUAGAACAUCUUUUUGCAUUAUAUUUCUUUCUUUUUUUUUUUUUUUGCUAAGGAAGAUUCGCCCUGAGCUAACAAUUGUUGCCAGUCUUUCUAUUUUGUAUGUGGGUCACCACCACAGCAUGGCCGCCGACAAGUGGUGUAGGUCUGUGCCUGGGAACCGAACACGGAUUGCUGAAGUGGAGCAUGCCAAACUUGACCACUAGGCCACGGGGCUGGCCCCUGCAUUAUACUUCUUUAGUGUUUUGUUAGAUUUCUAGAAGUGAAAGUUUUAAGAUGAAGGAAAUGAGCAGUUUAGGAAUCAUUUGAGUGUAUUGUGGGUCAUGUGAUAACAGAGUAACACUGUUUCAUUAUGAAGAAACCAAGUGGCAACUCUGGUCAGGUGGGAGCAUUCUGCACACGUCCAUCUCCCAGAGACAGGCGCUGGUCAGAGCCAGGUGCCCACACAUUCUUUGUUCAGGGCACAGUGACGACAGUAAUGAUCCUGGGACCUACAGCUCCACUGCUUUCCUUCAGAGUGUCCACGAGCCGGCCUGGCUUGAUGUGGUCCCCAGGGCCACAUUGUGACAGUCGUGGGCUCUUCCUCUGUGACAAAUAGGAAAAGUUCUAUUUUACAACUGUGUUGGUAAAAGACAAAUAUAAUCUAGGCUUUAGUCUUUGUUAUCAUAUUUAUUUUUCUUCUGAUUUGGAAAGAAAUUCAAAUGGAAACCUCUCCGUGGGCCCGGCUUGCCUGCUAUCCGCCCUGCAGUGCUGCCCCUGGCUAAGGGUGCUUCCCCACGCGCCUCUGAGAACUGAUGAGGUUGACCGUUGGAUGGGUUUUUAUUACUGGUCUUUCUUCUUGAAAAUUAUUUGAAUAUACCCUUUGCCCCUCUUUCUAUUGGAGUCUUGAUGUUUUUCUUUUAUUUACAUAUAAACUUUUUCUGAUUAUACGAAUAAUAUGCAUAUAUUGAACAAAUUCGAAAAAAAAAUCAGAAAAUUGUAAGAAUAAGAUGACCGUCUGGGGGCCGGCCUGGUGGUGCAAGCAGUUAAGUGCGCGCGCUCCGCUGCGGCGGCCUGGGGUUUGCUGGUUCGGAUCCUGGGUGCGCACCAACGUACUGCUUGUUAGGCCAUGCUGUGGCAGCGUCCCAUAUAAAGUGGAGGAAGAUGGGCACGGAUGUUAGCCCAGGGCCAGUCUUCCUCAGCAAAAAGAGGAGGAUUGGCAGAUGUUAGCUCGGGGCCGAUCUUCCUCACAAAAAAAAAAAGAUGACCCUCGGUAUCAGUUCAUGGGUCGUGACCUGGAGAUAGAUUUCCUUCUGGUUUUUUCUGUGCAUAUACACAUAUGCUUUUUCUCUUAAAACAAAACUGGAUUCAUACUCUGCAUGUCAUUUUUAUCCUUUUCCAUUUAACAUUUUAUGAUGAGCAUUUUCCAUGUUAUAAAAUAUUUUUCAGAGAUAUUAUUAUGGCUACAUCAUAUCUUAUAAUUGUAUCAUGAUUUACCUGUUCCUUUAUUGUUGAACAUCAGGAUUAUCUGUACCUAUAAAUGACUCUGGAACAUAAACCUGUGUGCCCGUCUGUGAUUAUUUCCUCAGAGUAAAUUCUGAGAAGCGGAGUGAGCGGGCCGAGGCCAUGAGCUUGUCGAAGCUGUUGGUGUUUCCAGAUUGACCCCAGCACUGCGCU